AGCGUCAAACGUCAUUUGACAUGUGGUGAGAUAAAAAUGGUGCCCGUUUACCAGCUGGCAUUCAUUUUGUAAAUUGCAAAAAAUCAACUCCAUUGUUGAUCAAAUAUUUUAGCAUGGCGUCUGUGUUAGAUCUUGUGAAAUAUCACCAGGGAAGUAUUCAGAAAUAUGCAGGAGAUGAACACAAAGUUCUUAAGGCUAUUGAUAAGCUGUUUAACCUGGAUGUGAAGGUGCAGCACCUUCAGGAGACUGGCGUGGGUCGGACGGUGAAUGCGUUGCGUAAAGAACCAGGCGAUGUCGGCAAAGCAGCCAGGGCACUCGUCUAUAAGUGGAAGCUGAUGGUGGCUGCAGAAGAAAGUGACCAGGAAGACGAUCACAAAAACAGAUCAAUUCAUAAUGGUCAUGGCAAUGGCAAGGAUUCAGAUGAUGGAGCCCAACAUCUUCCUGUCCCAACAUCUCAUAGCAGAUUGAAUACCCAUACACACACGAAUGGGGACCACAGUGGGGCAAAGAGAAAAUACAACAGCAGUGAGGAAGAUGAACCUGACACAAAAAGGUCACGACAGUCAAGUUCUAGUGAUGAUGAAGAUGACAAAAGUAAAAUUGUAAAAGUCAAAAUUGAACCCCCUGAAAGUGAUAAUGAUGGCUCAGAUUCACACAGCACAAGUGAUGAAGAUUCAGAGUCGUCAGAAGAAGACAAGGUCAAAGUCAAAACAGAAAACAUUAAAAUAAAAACUGAACCCCCUGAAAUAAAAACAGAGUCACCUGAAGAGUCAUACACACCUCAAUAUUCCCCCAUCAAUCAUAGUAAAAGUCAACAGAAAGCAGAGUCUUCAAAUUCAAAAAGAUCUCAAGAUGUUACAGAUACACAUCACAUUUCAAAACAAGCAAAACAUCACAGUUCAGAAACAAGACAUGCCUCUGCAAAAUCUUUCUCAAGUGACAACAGCACAAAGGACAAAGAAAGUAGUUCAGAAAAAAGGCACAAGGAUCAUAAAUCAUCAGAUAAACAAAAUAAAGAAGAAUCGAGACCAUUUUAUAAAGAAGAUUCAAAAUUGUCAAGUAAAUAUAGCUCGGAUAAACAUAGCUCUGAUAAAUACAGUUCAGAUAAACAUAGCUCUGAUAAAUACAGUUCAGAUAAACAUAGCUCUGAUAAAUACAGCUCCGAUAAAUACAGAUCCGAUAAAUAUGGUUCGGAUAAAUACAGCUCAGAUAAAUACAGCUCAGAUAAAUACAGCUCAGAUAAACACACCGCGGAUAAGCACAGUGCAGAUAAAUCCCGUGUGGACAAAUACAAUUCCGACAAAUACAGCUCGAAUAAACAUAGCUCGGAAAAGCAUAGCACUGACAAAUACAAAACUAGCUCUCAUAAAUCUGAAUCUGAUAGAAGCAGCUCACGUAAAUCUGAAGCUGACAGAUCAACAUCAUAUAAAUCUGACAGCAAUUCUGAUAAAUAUAAAAAUCACGAUAAAAGUAAAUCAGAUAAACAUAGCAGUUCUAAGUCAGACAAGGACAAAUAUAAAAGUCCACAUGAAAAGGAGAUCUCAAGUGACAAACACAAAUCGAAGGAAAGUAGUAGUUCUAAGCAAAAAAGUUCCUCUAGUAAGGACACGUCAAAGGAUAAAAAUAGUUCUUCUAAAGAGAGUAGUCAUAGCAGUAAGAGCGAUAAAAAGCACUCGUCAUCGAGUGAUAAGUCGAAGAGUGAAACUAAGGCAGAGAAGACUGAGGAUAAAAAUAGCGAGAAAAAAUCUAGCCACAAAUCAAGUUCUUAUUCCGAGAAAAGCAAGUCUAGUAGCAGUAAAACGAAGGAAGAUAAACCAAAGAAAAAAGUGACUGUAAAUACUGAUGAUGAUGAUGGUAUCGGCUGUGAAUCAGGUGCAAGUUUUGCAGAAGCAUUAGGAAUGGUUGUUCCAACCAAAUCGAAAAAGAAACAGCAAACAACACCUGUAAAAGAUUCUACAUCGCCUAACGGGUCCACUACAAAUGAUCUAAGUCCCGCGGCCCUGCUAGCGCCUACCGCGAAGCUCGCUCCGCUGCCCGCGCUGGAAAUCUCUGCACUGCCGGAGAUAUCUCCUAACUAUAAGCCUCGACCGCCGCCCAAAUUCAUGCCACAUUUCAACGACGAUGAUGCUAUGAGUGCUGUCAUAUCUUCCAAAAACCAAAGAACUAAAGUGUACUCCGGAAACAAAGUGAUCGGAAAAAUACCUACUUUAUAUGAAAUGUGCGUGCAUGUCCUUCAAGAACAUAUCGAUGCUCUGGAAUAUACUGGUGGUGUACCAUACGAGAUUCUAAAGCCCGUAGUCGACAGGGCAACACCCCAACAACUGUUUAUGCUUGAACACUACAAUCCAUACCUUAUGGAGGACACUGCGCACCUAUGGCAGAAGAACUGUGAGAAGCAUUUCCGUAACAAGAAACGAGAGGAAAUGGAAACCUGGCGAGAGAUGUACAUGAGGUGCCAAGAAGAACAAGAACACAAAUUGAAGUCUCUCACAGCCAACAUCAGGAUGACGCAGGAGGCUAAGAAGGCGCCCAUCAAACAAACCAAGAUGGCGUACGUAGACACCGUGGUGAAACCACCCAGAAACGUCGCUAGGAAACAGGCCUUGCACGGUACUAAGUACGCGGCGACAGCGAGCCCGGCGGCGCGCGUGGCGGCGCUGGCGGCGGCACCCAACGUGCUGAAGGGAGGCGCCGUGCGACCCCCACCCGCGGCCUCCGUCUCUGUCUCAAGCUUCAACAAACCCAAGAAGGCUCCGCUCAUGCAAAAAGCCCUACAAUUCAUGCGUGGACGCAAACGAUGAUAUUUACUAACUAGAAUUCCGUACGCGAGGUAAUUGUUAAACCCGGAACCUUAUUAUGAUUUUAAAAUAUUAUCUUCAUGUAUUAGUGUUGCGUGUGAUUUUAUAAAUAUCUGUAAUGAUUUUUUACCCGCAAAAGAAGGGUUAUGUU